CCGGAGCGGCUGCUGAGGAGGAGGCGGUGGUGGCGGAGGCCGGGGUGUUCGGAGCGCCGGCUCGGGGGGCUAGGCCCUUCGGGGGCGGGGGCGGCCGUGUUUUCUUUGGCUGAGGGGCUGGGGACGCCGGCGGCCGAGCGACGAGAUGAAUUUCCUCCGCGGGGUGAUGGGGGGCCAGAGUGCCGGACCCCAGCACACAGAAGCCGAGACGAUUCAAAAGCUCUGUGACCGAGUAGCUUCAUCUACCUUACUGGAUGACCGAAGGAAUGCUGUGCGUGCUCUUAAAUCAUUAUCUAAGAAAUACCGCUUGGAAGUGGGAAUCCAGGCUAUGGAACAUCUUAUCCAUGUGUUACAAACGGAUCGUUCGGAUUCUGAAAUAAUAGCUUAUGCUUUGGACACACUCUAUAAUAUAAUAUCUAAUGAUGAAGAGGAAGAAGUAGAAGAAAAUUCUACAAAACAGAGUGAGGAUUUGGGAAGCCAGUUUACAGAAAUUUUCAUUAAGCAGCCAGAAAAUGUCACUCUCCUGUUAUCUUUGUUGGAGGAAUUUGAUUUCCAUGUCCGCUGGCCUGGCGUGAGACUCCUGACUUCUCUUUUAAAACAGCUAGGGCCUCCUGUGCAGCAGAUUAUCCUGGUCAGUCCUAUGGGUGUUUCCAGACUUAUGGACUUACUGGCAGAUUCCAGAGAAAUUAUACGUAAUGAUGGUGUCUUACUGCUGCAGGCGCUAACAAGGGGCAAUGGAGCAAUCCAGAAGAUCGUUGCUUUUGAAAAUGCUUUUGAGAGGCUACUGGACAUUAUUACAGAGGAGGGGAACAGUGAUGGAGGUAUAGUAGUAGAAGAUUGUUUGAUUUUGCUUCAAAACUUGUUAAAAACCAACAAUUCCAAUCAAAACUUUUUUAAAGAAGGCUCGUAUAUUCAGCGUAUGAAACCUUGGUUUGAAGUUGGAGAUGAAAAUUCUGGUUGGUCAGCACAGAAAGUGACCAAUCUACAUUUAAUGCUGCAGCUUGUCCGAGUACUAGUGUCUCCUACCAACCCCCCUGGUGCGACCAGCAGCUGCCAGAAGGCCAUGUUCCAGUGUGGGUUACUGCAGCAGCUUUGCACCAUCCUGAUGGCUACGGGAAUUCCUGCUGAUAUCCUGACCGAGACCAUAAAUACUGUAUCCGAAGUUAUCCGAGGCUGCCAAGUCAACCAAGACUACUUUGCUUCUGUGAAUGCACCUUCAAAUCCCCCAAGACCAGCAAUUGUUGUACUUCUCAUGUCCAUGGUGAACGAAAGGCAGCCAUUUGUGUUACGCUGUGCUGUUCUCUACUGUUUCCAGUGCUUUUUAUAUAAAAACCAGAAAGGACAAGGAGAAAUCGUGGCAACACUUCUACCCUCCACUAUUGAUGCAACAGGUAGCUCGGUCUCAGCUGGUCAGCUGCUCUGCGGAGGUCUGUUUUCUACAGAUUCUCUUUCAAACUGGUGCGCUGCUGUGGCCCUCGCCCAUGCGCUGCAGGGGAACGCUACCCAGAAGGAGCAGCUGCUCAGGGUCCAGCUGGCCACAAGCAUUGGCAACCCUCCAGUGUCCCUGCUGCAGCAGUGCACCAAUAUCCUUUCCCAGGGUGAUAAGAUCGACAGACGGGGAAGCAAAAUACAGACAAGAGUUGGGUUGUUAAUGUUGCUUUGUACCUGGCUGAGCAACUGUCCCAUUGCAGUAACACACUUUCUUCACAAUUCAGCCAAUGUUCCAUUUCUUACAGGACAAAUUGCAGAAAAUCUCGGAGAGGAAGAACAGUUGGUUCAAGGCUUAUGUGCCCUUCUUUUGGGCAUUUCUAUUUAUUUCAAUGAUAAUUCACUAGAAAACUACAUGAAAGAGAAACUAAAGCAACUAAUAGAGAAGAGGAUUGGCAAAGAGAAUUUCAUAGAGAAACUAGGAUUUAUUAGCAAACACGAGUUAUACUCCAGAGCAUCCCAGAAACCCCAGCCAAACUUUCCAAGUCCAGAAUACAUGAUAUUUGAUCAUGAGUUUACAAAGCUGGUGAAAGAACUUGAAGGUAUUAUUACUAAGGCUAUUUAUAAGUCCAGUGAAGAAGAUAAGAAAGAGGAGGAGGUAAAGAAAACAUUAGAACAGCAUGACAACAUUGUGACUCACUAUAAGAAUAUGAUUCGUGAGCAGGACCUACAGCUGGAAGAAUUGAAGCAGCAAGUUUCUACUUUGAAAUGUCAAAACGAACAGCUUCAGACUGCAGUCACACAGCAGGCGUCUCAGAUUCAGCAGCACAAGGAUCAGUAUAAUCUCCUUAAAGUCCAGCUUGGAAAAGACAAUCACCAUCAAGGUUCCCACGGUGAUGGGGCUCAGGUGAAUGGCAUCCAGCCAGAAGAAAUCAGUCGGCUGAGGGAAGAGGUGGAAGAGCUAAAAAGUCAGCAGGGGCUCUUGCAAAGCCAGCUAGCUGAAAAGGACUCUUUGAUAGAAAAUUUGAAAUCUUCGCAAGUGUCUGCUGGGAAUGAACAGGCGUCAGCAGCAGCUUCACCCAGAGAUUCCGAGCAAAUCGUAGAAUUAAAACAGGAACUGACAGCGCUGAAGUCCCAGUUAAACUCACAGUCUCUGGAGAUCACCAGACUCCAGGCAGAAAACCGUGAGCUUCUACAGAGAGCAGAAGCCUUGGCAAAAUCAGCCCCUGUUGAGGGAGAGAAUGAGAAUGUGGCCACUGCUAAAACUACUGAUGUAGAAGGAAGACUGUCUGCCUUGCUGCAGGAGACGAAAGAAUUAAAGAGUGAAAUUAAAGCUCUGUCUGAGGAGAAAACUGCCAUUAAAAUGCAACUGGAUUCAUCUAACAGCACCAUCGCCAUUCUGCAAAUGGAGAAAGACAAGUUAGGCAUAGAAGUGACAGAUUCUAAGAAAGAACAAGAUGAUCUCUUGGUACUGUUGGCCGAUCAGGAUCAGAAAAUUCUGUCACUGAAGAGUAAACUCAAGAUCCUCGGUCAUCCAGUUGAAGAAGAAGAUGAAUCUGGAGACCAAGAUGAUGAUGACGAUGAAACUGAUGAUGGUGACAAGGACCAGGACAUCUAGCUUAAACCCUAGGAGUGAUAAAGAUUAUGUCAUUACUUUGAACAAGUCUUAAGACAGUGCUUUGGUUUGCCGCCUCCACAAAAAAAUUUAGAACCAGGCAGAAAGAAUUCACUAAUAAAAUUAUUGUUUGUUUUUUAAUAUUGCCUCCCAUGUGGGAAACUUUAAAACUCUAACUUCAUGUGGAAGUUUUAUUUAUGUUCAUCUGAACUCUCCCAAAAUAUAAUCUGCAAAGAGCAUCAGGCUCCAAAAAUAGACCAUUUGAAGGUGUGUGGUGGUGAUGUAGUCAGCCUUAUUGGUUCAUUAGGCAUGGUGGCAAUGCAGUUGGCCUUAUUGGUUCACUGGUUGCUUUUCAGAAUCUGUGACUUCAGUCCUAACACAUUUGAUUUAAUGUGUAUUGAAUGGGAACCAACUAUUUCUAAAUCAGCAUUUGAGUUCUCACCUUAUUAUUUCCUUGUAAAGAAAGGACUCUACUUAAAGAUAAAAUAGCCUGGGCUCAGGGGUCGUGUGUGCCAUCACCCACCCACCCCUAGUGUGCCUUUCAGAAGAGCAGGAUGGGGCAGUUUAGAGUGAGUGCCAUCCAACAGGGCCACAUUCUGCCUUCGGAAGAAAGGAAAGACUGUGCCCGGGCAUGGAGAGCUGUUCUGAGAAACUACACAGUGGAGUAACGUGGCUGCUUUUCUUUCUGUCUAAGCUCAAGAUGGAAAACAGAUGAUAGUCAGCAGUUAACACAGCUGGGAUUUAUAGCAUUGUUGGAUUAUCAUAAAACAUGUUCUUAGUUUUAAAAAUACCCAAACUAUGAUUUAUAUAAUUUAUUGGCAUUUUUGCUGAAUAGGUGUAAGUCAGAUAAUAGAUUUUUAAAAAGCAAAUGAAGCAAUGUGUCAAAGUCUAAUGUUUUCAUAAUAAAAAUAGAUAUUAUGUUCACUUAA